AUGGAAAAACCACUCAAAGCAACCUUCGCCUUCUUGCGACGUUUCUUCUGGGGAUUGGAAGAUUUUAUCAAUUCACAAACAAAGAUUUCCUUCCUCUCGAUCAGUUCAAGUAGUACCACAAUGAUACUUACAAAGGGAACAAGUUUUCAAACCUAUCUUGCCUAUGCCAUUCUUGUUGAUUGUUUGAGACGUUCAUUCGGACUUGAUUCAUGUCCAAUAGAGGUUGAUUAUUCGAGAGCAGAGUGCAAGGAUUUUCUCAUCAAAGUUACUGGAUAUCAUCCCAGUUUUGUCACCUAUGACUAUUAUAUUAAACGAUUUGAUGGAUUUAUAAUGAAUUUGGAUCAGACAAAAUUAUCUACUCAAGUACAGAGUUCAUUGGAGUAUUUAUUGAAUUUUCUACAGGUGGAUGAUAGUCGAUAUUUUGAUGAUGUUGAGGAGGCCAAGGGAAGUUAUCAUCGACCAAUUCUAUUUGUUUACUUGAUGAAGAAUGGAAAGAGAUACCCCAAAGUUGAAGAAUUAACAAAGCAAGUGGAAGAAUUGAUUGAAAAAACAAAAUUUGAUCCGAAUCAAUUUCAUAUUACCUUUCUGUAUGAAACAGUUUUUGUUGGGGAGGAGCAAGCAGAGAAAUUAAGCAAACAAAAUGAUGCAGAAUUCUAUUCGGCAAUUGAGUGGUUAUUUAGUAAGUGUGCUAUGAAAUAA